AAUGGCAGCCCAUUUGUUUACGAAUAGCAUAAUCAAAAUAAAACUAUUUAGUUUGCAGUUUUCUUACCUCCCACGACAACAGCUGAUUUCACAAUUUUCUUUUCACUCAAAAUUCUUCCGUGUUUCACAGCUGAUUUUAGUUUAGUGGCUUUAAAAUUUUAGUUCUUUUGUUAAAUUUCUUUAAUUUAAUUUUUGUCUUUAAUUUGAGUUUGUGUUUUUUGUCCAAAAUCAUGUGUUUUCUUCCAUAAUAAUAACCGAACGGCAUGUCGGACUAUGGUCAGGAGAAUCGGAUCUUUGUAUCCGAUGAUGCUGAAGAUUUAGACCGAAUUGAAGUGAUUACUACAUCGACGACGUCAUCGCACAGCGAACUGUUUACGCAACUAGCAGGCAGUCAAAAUUUGCUUACCACAAGUGGUAAUGAACAGCAAUUUAGGAUUGUCACAGGUACUUCCACCGCAGAUGAUGUAAAAAGCAAACAUAGCGAUUGUGGCGGCAGUCGCGAUGGUGCUGAUGAGCAAUGCGGCGACGAAUCCAUAGAGUUGAUUAGUAAUUUUGGUACGCUUCAAUAUAGGCGAGCAACUUCGCCAUUGGCAGCGUUAGCGAGUAGUUUCAAUCGUGGAGCGACACCCACAAAUAUGAUGCGUCGCUGGUCACAGACUUUGGCACGCUUCGAUCGGGAUAGACAUGGCAUACGUGAGAAAACUAUUUAUCGCAUGCCGUCGCGUAGAUAUUUGCAAGCGGAUGGCAAACUGCUCUCGAAUAGUCGAGUUGACGCUGAAAAUGAGAUUGAAUUGUUGGCACAGGAAAUCGAGCAGCAUGAUGGACUCAUGCAAGACACAGCACUCAGUCAUGAACAUAGACUUGAGACGCUCCGUGCCCUGCCACAACCACUUGCCACAAAGCGCCUCCUUAAACGAAAGUUAGCCAUCAGCGUUGAACAGCACGCAAUCGAGGAGACGCGUUGCAGCUGGUGUCACAAAUUAACAAAUGCUUUCAUAAGUUUUCUAUUAAGAAGCUGGAAACUCAUUGGUGUUAUAAGCCAUACUAUGGAAAUAUGGUAUGAUGAGGUGAAGACCAUCGAAGGACAUUUCGGCUGCAAUGUUAGUUCGUACUUUAAAUUUCUACGCUGGCUCUUGAUGUUAAAUGUGUUCGUGUUGUUUUGCGUUGUCUGCUUUGUCAUAUUUCCACAAUUACUUUAUAAUACCACAGCAAAUGAAAUUAAUCUCAACGAAACAGUAUUAGCUGAUAAAUACACUGGAAAUUCUAGUGAGACUGCUAGUGGACUAUUAAUGGAUGUAUUUACGGGCGAGGGUUUUUUGCAGAAUUCUUUACUCUUCUAUAGCGGCUAUAGUAAUGCGACAUUUCGUUUACAUCCCGCACUUAGUCAGUAUAGCCUGCCACAUGCUUACUUCAUGACAAUGCUGGUGCUGUACUUGCUGAUUUUCAUAGUAAUAUCCACCAAAAUGGCGCGCGUGUAUCGCAUAAGCUUCAUUCAAGCCGCAGGCGGUGGCAGAGCCAUACUCGUGGCCAAAACAUUCUGCGCUUGGGAUUUCGGCAUCUCGAAUCGAAAGGCGGCCGAAUUGAAACAUAUCGCGAUUUUUGCCGAAUUCAAAGCGGUACUUAACGAGCGGGCUGUGCCCAAGAGAAAGCCCACAGUUUGGUGGCGUAUAUGGAUUUUUUGUUCGCGCGCCAUCGCCCAUGUGCUAGUGGCUACAAUAAUAGGUGGCGCUGGUGUGGGCGUGUGGAUUUUGCUGAAAGAACUUGACUCAACUGAUGACGUGUCUGGCUGGCGAACUCUUUCAACUGCUGGUAUUCUAAAUCUCACAAUGCUGCUUAUGCAAUCUGUCUUAUCAUGGAUUUCGCGGAUGGAAGAUUAUCGUUCGCCGCGCCGCACACUACAUAUAGCAUUAUUGCGAAAUUUUCUACUGGAGGCUGUUAUUAUAAGCGUUUUGGUCUACUUUCUGCUAACAAAAUCAUACAGUCAGUGUUGGGAGACUCAUAUAGGACAAGAAUUGUACCGUUUCAUAAUAACGGAUUCCUUCAUCUGUUUAAUUAUGAUACCUUUCUGCUGUGUCACACGCGCGCUUUUGUCAAGCAUUUACUGGCCUUGGCUAGGUCGUCCCGACUUCGAUAUUUCACAAAAAAGUUUGGGUCUCGUUUACAAUCAAACUUUACUGUGGCUAGGUUUACUCUUCUCACCGCUGCUUGUCGCAAUCAUCGUUUGUAAAUUGUUCCUAAAGUUCUAUAUAAACAAGGCGCUCUUGUUGCAUCUGUGUAAGCCCUCUUGUCACAUCUGGCGUUCGGCCCAAACGCAAACACUUUAUCUAGUCUUCACUUUUGUAUCGGUACUGGGGGUCAUCCUGACAUUGGGUUAUAUAAUGACACAACUGCCAAUGAGUGCCCAAUGUGGCCCGUUUCGCGACUCCGGUUAUAUGUUUCAAAUAUUUAUCGACGGUGUGCUGAAGUUACGUGAAAACCAAACACUUUGGCGCAUUCUUACUCUACUUGUCCGUCCAGCUGCCGUGGGCAUAAUGUUAGUCACACUAAGCGCUCUCGUUUACUAUUUGCGCGCCAAAUCGCGUGCGCGUCGUCUUAUGGUUAAGUUGCUUAAAGAAAUGAUCUAUCUGGAGGCGAAAGACAAGGAGUUCUUAUUAAAUCGCAUCAUAAGUGUAUCGAAAAAUCGUGAUUGGUCGCUUGUGGAUGCAAAAUCAUUGGGCAGAAGACGUCAGCGUACUCCACAAACGCCACAAACUGAAUUUUUUGUACAAAACGAAAUCAAUUCGACUCAUUCUGCGCGAAGUGAUGGCUUUAUAUUGCGCAGUCGUGAUGUUUAGUGUGCUAGUUGUUGUUGUUGUGACAUCAUAAACACUCCUAAAGUCCUUCUUUGAAAAUGACCUGCACGGCAGUCGGGUGUACGUAACCCGAACAGAUACGUAUUUUUAUUUGGCAAAGAACGUUCUACUCGGCAGCACUCCUCAAAAUUAUAUCUGGAAUGUUUUCUACCACUAAAACAAUAACAACAACAACCUACGUAAUGAACCGGCCUGUCUUCAGAACGAAAGUUCGUUCUCGACUACAAUAGUUACAUAAGUUCAUAUAUUAUGUUAUUGUAUACAUAUUUUGUAGUUAUUUACUUACUGAUUUUUAUCAUAUUCAAUUGUCUGAUUUUAUUUAAAUAUGUUAUUAUUAGUAUAGUUUUAUUAAUAUUUUUAUUUAUAAUUAUAUACAUAUAGAUUUAUUUAUUUGUUAAAUUUUAAUUUAACAAAAUAUGCAAAACAUUUGUAUAGUUUUGAAAGUAUUGUGCUACAUUGACCGACAAUAUAUAAUCUCGAAUUAUUUCGAAUCUAAAGUGGUUCGAAACUGACUGUCGUCGGAUUAACAAAAGUAUUAGUAAAAAUAUACUGAAAGCUAAAUAUGCAUAUACAUAGAUAUUAUAUUUUAAAUAUACACAAUAUAUACAUUUAUAUCUACUUAUGUAUACUAUUCAUACAUAUACAUAUAUUUACAAUUAAAUAUUAAAAGCCUAUUUUUA